AUGGACACAGAAGAAGAAUGUUUCUCUGGAGAUGAAAUAGAUCAAUUUAAUUGUCCUAAACAUUCAUUAAUUUAUACUAAUUACUGUACAACUACAUAAUAAUUGCUGUGCCAAGAAUGUAUGAUCAAAUGCAGUUUGAAAGUAUAAAACAUUAUUUCAAUAGAAAAAGCUUUGAAUAACAUUAGCUAAUAAAAUAAAUAAUAAUUGUAGAAAGUUCAAAAAAUCAUUAAGAAUUUUAAUACUUUAGAUGAUCAAAUUCAAAAAGAAAAUAUUUAAAUAAAUAAAAUGUCUCAACUCCAAAUUUAAUCAUUAAGUUCAAUUUGUACCUAAAUUGUUGAGAUUGUAUAAUUGAAAUUUCAACAACUGAUUGAAUAAGUUGAAGUCCAUAAAAUUAAGCAUUAAUAGACUUUACAGGAUUCCAAAUGCAUAAUUGAUGAAUAUAGGGGAAGAGGAACCCAAUUGGAGAAGAAUAUUGUAAAUUAGUAGAACACCUCUGGUUUUGAACAAUUGAAAAAGUUUCGAGAAUAUUACACUAUAAAUUGUAAGACAAUCAAAGAACUUGAAAACGAAUAUGAUAAUUUAUCACAAGCACCUAAAAUUUAAUACUAGUAAUUGUAGAUCAGAAAUGCAAAUGACAUUGUUAAACAAAUCUCUAAUCUAUUAUGUAUUUUAGAAAGAGACUCAGACUAUAGAAUUAAAAGAGUAUCAUCUAAAUUGUUUUAAUAACCAAACACUACAAGGGCAAGUCCAUUUUCCAAAAAGGGGUUUACUUAACAUAGCUAACCUCAUUUUAGUUUAUAAUCAUCAAAGCACCAAAUACGAAAGACAGAAGUCAAACAAAUAACUUUAGAUAUACCAACAGAUAUAAGUUCAAUUUUAGACAAAGCAUCACCUGAACAAUCAAUUAUUAAUGAUUUCUUUAGUAAUAAGUAAUCAUUAAGUGAGCAUUCAAUUUCAAAGAUGGAGAUACCUAUUUAAAAUCAAACUCAAUUUUAUAUUAUCGGAGGGUUAUUGAAGGGUCAAAGAUAAAAUCUUAUUGAAUUAUUUGAUAUUUAAUCAAAGUAAUCUAGUUAACAUGACUUUUUGGUAUCGAACCGCUAUGGAUUUUAAAUAGCAUAUCAUGGAAAUCAAAUUCUAUUGAUAGGAGGGAAAUAAGAAGGUAUUAGAACAGCUUUAUGUGAAUCGUAUGAUCCAAAUUUAAAACAAUCCAAGAUCUCUUAAUUGAUACUGACCAAAGGAGUUAGUGGGUUGGCAUCAAAAUAAAUAGGAAAUAAGUUAUACAUUUCAGGAGGGAAAACAGAUUCAGGGAUUUAAGACAUUUUUUAACUUAUCAAUUUAGAUACGUAUUAAACCAAAAACUUAUAGUCUGUUCCUAUUAAAUGUUAUAAUCAUACAUUAGUUUAAGGCAAUGAACCAAAUACUUUGUAUUUAUUUGAUGAACAAGGAUGUUUCAAAUACGAUAUUACAACUAAUCAAUGGAAAAAAAUCAAAUCUCCUAAUUAACCAAGAAGAAACCAUGUUUCUUUGACUCUACCUGAUGGUAUUUGGAUUUUUGGAGGAAGAUCUGGCAAAAAAUACAUUAAAUAAAUUGAGAAAUAUGAUGAAACUGAUGAAUAAUUUUACUAAAUGGGUGAAUUGGUCUGUCCUACAAUUAAAUUUGAUGCAAUAGUUAGUGAUGACUAUUAGUUUGUGUAUUUAGUUGGAGGAAAGACAUAGGAAAAUAUUCCUAGUUCAAAUAUUUGGAAGUAUUCCAUAUUGACAAAUUAAUGUUUACUUCACAGUUAAUUCACAAAGCCAAGAUAUUCUCAUAAAUUGAUACCCAAGAAAGGUUGA